AACGUUCGCUAGGGGCGCUGCCGUCGGUGUUCGGUUCGGCUCUGAUGAGCAGGGAGUUGAGGGAGUGUCCACGAUUUGGUUCUGUGGUGCGGUGGACGGAUUUUCCCAAGAUUUGUGUUUUAAUCGAGUGCUCGAAAGGAAAAUACGAGGGUGCGCCCUCUUGCGAAAUAAGCCAAGCCUGUGCCCAUCAGCUCAUCCUCCGACGGGCCAUCUGAGCCAUGGCUGAGGAGAAGGAGUCGCCUGAGGAGAAUGGUCCCGCGGAGUCGAGCCCAUCGAGCAAGUCUCGACGGUCAGGGAUACUGCGUGCCCGCUCAACAGCUGCCUGCCGCGUCCACCUGUUGGAUGGCUCAGACUACGAAUGCCAGCUAGAUCGCAAAGCCCGUGGAGAACAACUCUUUGAUCGCGUGUGCGAGUACCUCAACUUGCUCGAGCGGGAUUACUUUGGCCUCACCUACAGAGAUCAUGAGAAUACGAGGAACUGGGUGAACUUGGAAAAGAGUCUCUCAAAGCAGAUGAAACGUCGGCCCUGGGAGAUGUCUUUUGAAGUGAAGUUUUACCCUCCUGACCCGUCACAGCUGCAAGAGGACAUUACGAGGUACCAGCUCUGCCUACAGAUACGGGACGACAUCCUGUCCGGAAAGCUACCGUGCUCAUUCGUGACGCAUGCGCUGCUGGGGUCGUACCUGGUGCAAGCGGAGCUGGGCGAUUUUGACCCCGAUGACCACGGUCGGAAUUACCUGUCCGAGUUCCGUUUCGCACCCAACCAGACUCCCGAGCUGGAAGACAAGGUCAUGGAGCUUCACAAGCAGCACAAGGGUCAGACGCCCGCGGAGGCGGAGCUGCACUACCUGGAGAAUGCCAAGAAGCUGGCCAUGUACGGGGUGGACCUGCACCAGGCGCGGGACUCCGAGGGCGUCGACAUCACCCUCGGGGUUUGCGCAUCGGGUCUCCUCGUCUACCGUGACCGGCUGCGCAUCAACCGCUUUGCCUGGCCCAAGAUACUCAAGAUCUCCUACAAGCGCAACAAUUUCUACAUCAAGAUACGACCAGGGGAGUUCGAGCAAUUUGAGAGCACCAUAGGGUUCAAGCUGGCCAACCACAAAGCAGCAAAGCGGCUCUGGAAGGUCUGCGUAGAGCAUCACACUUUCUUCAGACUCAUGUCACCUGAGCCCGCGGUGAAGCCCCGGCUGUUCCUUCCCCGGUUCGGCUCCAAGUUCCGGUACUCCGGCCGAACCCAGUACCAGACUAGGCAGGCAAGUGCCCGCAUCGACCGUCCGCCGCCCCACUUCGAGCGGACACGCAGCAACAAACGCUUCUCUUCACAAACCCUGACGUACCCACCACGACCGACAGCCUCCGAGGAGAGCAAACGGCACACGCUGACGGGGGCCCUUCGCCGCUCACCUAGCGAGGAGACUGCAUCGGCCGACGUCCCUCGAUUUGCCACCAAGGCCACGCCUGAGCAGUCGGCGAGCCCUACCACCGAAACACCGCCUAAGAAGGAGACAAAGAGGACUAUCCCUGUCGGUGGCGUGGCCGUCAUGUUGCCAAUGGACAUCAAGAAGGACCAGCGCCUCAGCCAAGAGGCAAAGACGCCUGAAGACAGGAGUCCCCUCCAUGAAGACGGGGCGUCAAAAGAAGCCCGCCCCGCAAGCGGAGUUGAGCAUGCAAGGAAGAGUUUGCCCGCGUCAAAGGCUGCUGAAACCGCGGCCACGAAAUCUGCACAACCGGUGACAUUGAAAACUGCCGAAGGUAAGGUGUCGCAUGGUGGCAUCGGGGAGCCAGGCAUCAAAGCAGAGGCGGUAGCCAAGAAAGUGGCGCCAGGAACAUCGCCGAAGGAAGAGCCGCACGUCAAGAAGAGCUUGUCGGGCAACGGUGAGCCUGACGAUGGGGUGCGGGUGAUCUGCUUGGAGGACCCUGGCACGGGCCUGGUGCGGGAAGUCUUUGUCACCGACGACCGGGUGCCCGCCAAAGGAGCUUCGUCCAGCCUGAAGGAGGAACGUCAGCUGCGGCCAACCAAGUCGGAGACGCGACUCGAGGGUGGCUUCACCGAGAAGAGCAUCCGCGACCAGGAUGUCACGCGGCUGGAGCUUUCGCGGUCUCGCGAGAAGUUAGUGCCGCUUCCGGAGCAGACACCGCCCGAGGGGGGAGCCUACCGCAAAGGGGCGGGCACCGCCGCAGGUGCUGCGGCAGCGCAAUUUUGGCCUCCCACAACGGGGAAAGGUGCGGCACCGGCUAAGUCGGGCGGGGACACGAUGCAGGAGGACACUGUGGGACCCGCAGACACCAGUACGCCGCGCCCAGCGGGCCGAGCACCAGGCGGUUUCACCGCGAGGCAGUCAGGUCCUUACACCAAGGAGUACACAUACCAGGUUCCAGCCGACGACUCCAAGCGCCCGUACAGCCCGACACGUGGCGGUGGGUUCAGCUACAGCCCGCCUCCCAUGGACGCCGCCCCUGGCGGGCAAGCCACGUCGCCGACUGCCCGACCUGGCAGUGGUGACGGAGGAGUGCGCCAGGCCACAGGUCUGGCCUUCACCUACUCACCCACCAGGACGGCAGGUGCACCAGGGUGGAAUGAGGUGUCCGGGCGCAGCCCCACUGGUCGCAGCCCCACUGGUCGCAGUCCCACUGGCCGCAGUCCCACCGGCCCCAGUCCCACCGGCCGAAGUCCCACCGGCCCCAGUGCUGCUGCUGUUCCCGUCACAGCCACGCAUACGACAGCGACGACGACUGUGUCAGGCAAGAGUCUCGACUCACCUUCGUCUGAGUCCUCCGAGAGCAGCCUGGACGAAUACAGAGAGGAGCGGCCAUCGCGGCCAUCACGGAUCCCUACCAAGAAGGACGGCGCCACCCGCCCCAAGGUGGUGGGCGUGGUGCCUUCGCUGGCAGCGAGCCGUUCACCGCCGGGAGGAAAAGCUGGGGAGCCUCAUUCGCAGCAAAAGGACACCAGCAAGUCACGCAUUCCAGGUCUACCUAGCCAGCAGCAGCAGCAGCCGUCCUGGACCAGCGGUGCCGACGCAGGCAGCCGUGGUGCUGAAAAGUCUGGUAUCAGACCACCUGGUGCCAUUUCUCCCUUGCAGUCCAAACUUUUGCUGGACUCUCGGAAGGCCACUUCACCCGAACAGAGGGCCAUCGUGAAGACUGAGGCGCUCAAGUACGACCCGGCGAGCGUGUCCUCGCUGCAGACAAGUAGCACGACGAGCGUGCCCGUGGUGUCGACAGAAACGAGGAAGGUGGCCUAUCAGGUGGCUGAGGGGCCGGGGCCAGUGGGCGCACACUUUGCGGCCACCACUGUGACCACCAGUGCGGUGCCGCCCCACGACAUUGUGGAACAGGAAGGCGAGGUGGUCAGCUCGCAGACAAUCUCCAGCAAGACGCGCACCGUUGAGACUGUCACGUACAAGAUGGAGCGUGACGGGGUUGUCGAGACACGAGUGGAGCAGAAGAUCACCAUCCAGAGUGACGGCGACCCGAUCGACCACGACCGUGCUCUGGCACAGGCCAUCCAAGAGGCGACCAUGAUGAACCCAGACAUGACCGUGGAGAAGAUCGAGAUACAGCAGCAGUCGCAGGCCAAAUGAGACGGCAGCAUACUGGCACUGCGGGACAGACCGCCAGGGCCGAACCACCGGUGCUUGCACGGUCCGGCACGCCGGGAGCGUGUUGUCGCGGACCUGCGCUCGGCUGCUGCCUCUCUUCCUCCGCGACGCCACGGACAGUGUACAGACAGCUUCCAUCUCCGCGUGCUCUUUUAAUCUCCCGUUUUAGUUCUUUUAGCCCAAACACUGUGAGGUUUAUAUUACUGGGUGCCUGCUUUACAAAUGGCCACAGUAUCGAGCUGCAUGAUGCAAAGCAAAAGAAAAAAAACAAAGCUUAGAGUGCGCGCAUGUUAUUAUAGGCAGCAAAGCAGCAAAAACGAGACAACAUUCCGUUAAAGCCGGCAGGACCGCACUGGACGCUCUAUGUGCGGAACUAGCUGCUUUUCCGCAAGAGCUGUCGAGUAAGCAACGAAGCAACUACGUGAUCCUGCCCUUUUACGUGCAACAGCUUCUUUUCAUAAGGCUGCCCUGCAGCCAUAGCUUAUUCAGCCUCACGUUCAAAGCUAUGAUGAGGCACUUGGGGGAUCGACUAAGAAGCCUGCGCGCCAAAGCUUGCACUUCGUCGCACCUCUUGAUAAAAGUGGGUGAGGCAGCUCUGUUGAAUAUUUCAAGGUGGUAUUACGAAAAAGAAAGAAUGUCAAAUAUAUGGAGUCGUUGGCCACGCGGAAAACAGGCCAUGGGGGGCCACUGGUUUUUUGAAGGUUAGAGCCAACAUUGAUAUAAUCAAGUUCAUUCCUUCUUUCUUUCAUUCAUCGGCAGCCCACCAGUGUUAGACGAAAGAAUCGGCGUAUUACUGUGCGCGAUCAUUCACAGCGUGGGCUGCUGUGUUUUAAGCUUGGACAGAACAUGUGUGUUGUUCAGCAAUUGUUGAUGAGGAGAGCCUUUCUUUCUUAUGAGAUACAUUUGACUCAUACUAUGUGCAUUUAUUUUUUUUAUGCCUUUGAGAGAUGGGUGGUGUUGUGCGUCAAGUGGUGGGUUUAUUUUCUUGCAGCUGUUUGCUUGGCCUUUUUUUUUUUACACAUGGCUUUGUGUAACAUCUGCAGGCACGUAUGGCAGUGUACGAUCGUCUUCCUGUGAUGAGAUGUCCAUGUACGUUUCUGUUCUCCCCACAUGCCGACACUGCAGACUGCCGAGAGAUGCGCUGUGUGAUUAUGUGCAUUGCUUGCAUCGACUGACAAGCUUCCAAAUGUUAUCCUUGCCCACAGAGACAUGAAAGUACUAUAACUUUAAGAUUUAAACAAUGACACUUUUGAGGAUGCGCAUUUUGGCAUCAUAACAGGUUCUUUUGGAUCAGCAAAACCUGUGACUGUGGUCUCAGCCAAUCAUUUUGAAAGGCACACAACCUUCAGCAUGCAAUUAUUGGCCACAUCCGGCAUUCCACUAGCAGCUAAAGUCUUUGGCAGCUACGAGAUGUGAAAAUGAACAUAUGCAUAAGUGCACUCGACUAAAGAUGCGAAAAAUUCUUCCAUAAAAUCCACUGAAGAGGCUGUUUAUCAUCGCAUGCAACAGCGUUGUGGUAUCGCUGCAUCUAACAAUUUCAAGAUAUGGGUCGAUUGCACUUCCCACUGGUAUUAUUUCCAUAUCUCAUAGGCGUUGAAAUUAUCGUAUUGUGUUGAGUGGAAUAUGCUCGUCUUGUGAGAUACAGUGGAACUCCAUUGAUAUGUUCCUCGCUGUUGUGUUUUCCCGGCUACUAUGUCGCAUUUUUGCGGUCCUGACCCAAGUUCUAUUCACUCCCAUGUAUUAUGUUCCCCUUGGAAACAUCGCCAUUUUGUAAUGUUCCUGCAUCUUACGUUUGCGCUUAAACACGGUGGUCGCGUAACUUUAGCGGUGCAGCCAGCCGGGACGUUUCAACAAGCGAGCAAGGUUUGCAAUUAGCGACCGAAGUUGCACAAGCCAAAAGCUACACAAGCAUAUCGGGAGAAAACAGGCACAGAGAAGAAGUGUGCAUUGGUUAAAACUGCCGAGCGGAAGGCGACAUUUAUUUUGAGGCCAACAAGGACGUGCAUAAUCGCCAAGUAUCUUUAGUCACCUUCGCCGCAAUAACACUGUGCUUGCGGUGAAGCUUAUCAAGAGUUGAAAGGGGCCAUUGUCGCAGAAUAUUAAAUGUCCCUUAAUAUACACUUGCCAUCCGCGGUCACAGUAUGAGCGGCGAGAUGUCCAAUAACUGUAAUGGCAGCCAUUUAGAGCUGUUUCUGGUGUUGCAGCUUUCCCUCGCGGUUAUGUUUUCCCGGCCGUUUUGUCCCCGCAGUUUCUUGAAAAACAUGUCAAAGGGGUUCUACUGUAUUGGAAAGGUAUUGGCUGUCACGGUGGGUGAAAUGGUCUGCUUGCGCUUUGAUCAAAUUGGAUUCGCAAGUUUAACAAGCUGCCACGUGGCAUAGGAAGCAUGCCAACCACUUAAGAAAAUGCAAGUUAUAACAGAAUAAACUGCAGCCGUACAUUUUGGACUUGGCAGUUUAAAUCACUAAAUUUCACCAUGCUUUGGUGUCUCUGUACUGCUCACAUCAUUACUGCAGUAAUGUAUGGUGAGCACCUGUAAUUUCACAGCAGGUUUUAAUAUUGUUCCGUCUUCUGGCCGUUUGUCUCCUAAUCUAUAAAGCAGUCUUCACUAUUUGUGCACUCAUCAGCAAGUGCAGUUGCUCAUGUUAAGUGCCGACGGAAUGCUAUGAGCACAGAACAAGAAACACUUAGGAGCAGCAACUUCACAUUGGCGUCAUCGGAAAUGUGCACAAAGGGUAUGGUCUGUGGAAUUGCUAUGCCACAGCUGGUGCUGAAUGAAAGGGCACGUCGAUUGCCGUGGAAAUUAUGGCUUCGGCCGCCAGGUGGCAGCAGCAUGUGAAACACUCUGACCUGCCUGGACUAUCGUUGAGGAAGAAAAAAAAAAUACCAAGAGGGAGCACGACAUUGGGCAGCUAGCCCCGGUAAAGCAGUGUCCUCUGACGCCACCCUUGUUUUCCUGUGGGACCCAUCUGUGCGUCGAGUCUUGAGAUAUGGGCCCCGCAUGGUUUCUGUACCUUUGAAGGCAUUGUUAGGCUUGUGGUAGCCCUUAGUGACGCCCUCACUACCUGCCCUCUUCCCACCACUCUCUCCACACAUUCGGCAGCUAGAUAUUACUGCUUGCCUAUCACAUGGCGAGGACCUAUUUCCCAUGAACCGUUCCAUCAUAAUUUUUUAAAACAAGGCUUAAAAAUUGUCACGCGAUGCUCUCUCUUAGUCUUUCUUUUCUUCCUCCGUACAGACUAUUUUGCGAGUAGAGUUACUAAGACCAGGUUCCAAUUGCCGAGUGACAUUUAGCAGUGUGUGCUGCAAGUAUGCUUUGUUUGUCCCCCGGCAACCAUGGUUUAACCACCAGGUGGCAUUAGCAUGCGAGGGUCUCCAAGUCGCCCAGAAUUUUAAGUGGGGUUAUCCAGCUGCACCUGAGUAGAGGUUCUCCUAACUGUUCUUGCACUGUGGCCAUGAGUGAGUACAAAGUUGGCGGUCUCUCAAAGCAAGCCUUGGCCACGAUGAUAAUGGUGCCCAUGCAUGGGCGCAACCGCACGUCUGUCCAAUGGCCCCCCACGACACUGGAAGGCGGGCUACACAGAUUGUGUGUACCUCUCUCUCCUGGCGUGUAUGCAGUAGUCAAGAGGGGAGAGAGACAAAGGAAGAGAACAAUAAAGGCAAGCUUUAUUUGUC